CCUCUUCACCAAUCUUCAUCUUCCAUUUUCAUACCCUUUAAGCUUCUUCUUCUUCUUCUUUUUUUCCCUCUCUUCUUCUGGAACCAUUAUUCCCCUCAACUACCACACCCUUUGUUUCGCCACCUAAACUUUAAAUUUCCACAAUUAUUAUCUCAUUUUCAGAGAGGUAAUCAGAAGGGGUGUUCGCAAAUUUCAGAGCAGGGCCGUAUAUAGAAGGCAACCCUAGCUUUCGCUUUCAUUUUUAUAGGCCUCUCAGUUUCACUGUUCCGUUGUUCUUAUUAGAGUCAUUACUAUUAUGAAGUCCUUUUGGACUUCGAGAACUGUGCUUUGAUCUUGUUUUGUGUUCUAGCUCUCUGCUAUAUACCCUCUCCUUAGCUUUUCCGGAAACACAAGGAGGAAGAAAAGGAAAAGAUGUUAGGUUUUCUCCUGUGCUUUUGGGUUGCCUCCAGUUCCUUUUUUUGUUUUCCUAUUCAGUUUUGAGCAAAAAUUUAGGAUCUUGUUUAUUUCCUUCUUGAUGCCUUUUCGAGUCCUUCAAAACAAAAGUAGUACUCUGUAGAGUCCCAUGUUGGUAUUUAUCUUGAUAGCCACUUCUAUUUUGAGGGAUUGAGUCCCCUGUUUCAUCCAUCUUAAUUCUGUCUGUGUCUAGAAAGUGAAAUGGCCAUGUGAUGAUGCAUCGAACUUGAAAUGCUCUUGGAUUCAAGCCAAGCAACUUAUUCUGGUUUCUUCUCAUUCUCCUUCUUCAUCUUGAGUUUCUCAUUUUGCUUGAUACUCUUUCUUGCCUUGUACUACAACACCAUGAAAAGCAUCAAUGGUGUUCUAAGUCAUGGGACUUUGGCUCUCCUUAUUAUCUGCUUUCUGGGUGCAACUUGUUCUGGACAAGAAGAACUUGAAGUGGCUCCAAUGGAGAAGACAGAGCUUGAAGCUCUAUACUCAACCAUACAAGGUUUCGUUGGCAAUUGGUGGAAUGGCUCAGAUCUCUAUCCGGAUCCUUGUGGUUGGACUCCUAUUCAGGGCGUCUCUUGUGAUCUUUUUGACGGGUUUUGGUAUGUUACUUCCUUGAACAUUGGACCCAUCCAUGAAAAUUCUCUAUCUUGUUCCCAGAAUCUGGAGUUCAGGCCACAGUUGUUCGAGUUCAAGCACCUAGAAUCUCUAUCCUUCUUCAACUGCUUUCUAUCAAGAGACAAGCAUCCAGUUGCUAUCCCAACUGGAAACUGGGAGAAACUUUCUGGAAGCUUAGAAUCACUCGAGUUUCGGUCGAAUCCAGGUCUCAUUGGGAAAAUCCCUAGAAGUUUUGGUCUCCUCAAGAACCUCAAGUCUCUGGUAUUACUAGGAAAUGGUUUAAGAGGGGAAAUACCACCAGACAUAGGCAAACUUAUGAAGCUGAAGAGGCUUGUUGUUGCAGAGAACUCUUGCAGUGGGCAGAUUCCAGAUAUUUUCAGCAGCUUAAGUGAGUUACUGAUAUUGGAUUUAAGUAGAAAUGCACUGUCUGGGCCUUUGCCAUUAUCCCUUGGAAGCUUAACUUCAUUAUUGAAGCUUGAUGCAAGCACCAAUAACUUAGAAGGCAAUCUGCUAAACGGGUUUGCUAAUCUCAAGAAUCUGACCCUCAUGGACCUAAGAAACAACAGAUUUCAAGGUGGAUUGGUGUUGUCUAUUCAAGAGAUGUAUUCCUUAGAAGAAUUGGCCUUGUCCAACAAUCCAAUUGGUGGGAGCAUCAGUGGCCUAAAGUGGGAAAACCUUCAGAACUUGGUCAUUCUGGAACUCUCAGACAUGGGAUUGACAGGGGAGAUCCCAGAAUCCAUAUCAGAGUUGAAGAGAUUGAGGUUUUUGGGUCUACGUAACAACCACCUCACAGGAAACCCUUCACCAAAGUUAGAAGCUCUUCCUUGCCUCAAUGCUCUGUACCUAAGUGGAAACAAUCUGAUAGGGGACCUUAAAUUCUCUGAACAGUUUUAUGGCAAAAUGGGUAGCCGUUUUGGGGCCUGGGACAAUCCCAACCUUUGCUACCCAGUUGGAGAAAUAUCAACAAGUCCAGUUCCAUAUGGGGUAAGACCAUGCCACAAAGAGGUCAAGUUGCUUGAAAAUGAUUCAAAUUCUAAGCCGCUAAAUAAAUGAGGAUAUGAACCAGACUUCCCAUUUCAUGGCCUCUUGGGGAUUUUCAAGCUAUGAGACUAACGUAUUCUGGUGCGUUUUUUCUGGUACAGUUGUGGAUGAUGAUGGGUGUGUUCCUAAAUUCUGUCAGAUAGGAUUUAAUUACCUUCUAAACGUUACAGUAACCCUCAUUUCUUUUCUUUUUCUUGGGAACUUUUAGACGGAAGUUUUAUGAUCCUUUAAAGCUGUUAAUUAGAUAUGCUGACUUUGUUAAGUUAGCAGUGACCACUUGCUCUGAUUCCAUAAAUAGUUACAUGAGCUGUGCCAUAGUUUGGUGCCUUAUUUAUCAA